AUGGAUAUUCAUCGUUGUCGCUUCGUGCCAUACAAUCCCCAGGCAAUCAAUGCGCUAGCAUUCUCGCAUCCUCCGGCGGCAGAUCAGGCUGGACGAGGAGUUCCGACCCUGAGACUUGCGAUUGGUCGCGCGAACGGUGACAUCGAGAUUUGGAAUCCCCUGCGAGGCGCUUGGUUUCAAGAGACGGUCUUUCGAGGAGGCAAGGAUCGCAGUAUCGAAGGGCUUGUUUGGACACUUGAUCCGGCAGAGGAUAACCCUGAUGGCAGCAACAGCAAGCUGCCUGGCAAACUGCGUCUGUUCAGUAUCGGUUAUUCGACUGCGGUCACGGAGUGGGACCUCGAGCAGGGCCGUCCUGCACGCCACUCGAGUGGAAACUAUGGAGAGAUCUGGUGUCUAGCAGCUCAGCCAAGGUGGAAAGCUACAAAAAGAGGCAAGGAUGGAAAACUUCUGCCUCCCGCAGAAGGAGAAUACACUGGGCAGCAUCUCGCUGCGGGAUGUGCGGACGGCUCGAUAGUCAUUCUAUCGACUGCCGAUUCAGAUCUCAAGUUCCUACGAAUAAUGCGUCCAUCUACGAAGCGAGCAAGAGUUCUUAGCAUCACCUUCCAGACUCGCGAUAUUAUCGUUGCCGGAUAUGCCGACAGCUCUAUCCGAUUGUUCGAUAUUCGAAACGGACAGCUGUUGAGGACUGUAUCUCUUGGUAGGGGUCCCACUGGUGGGCCAAAGGAGAUCUUAGUUUGGACGGUCAAGUGUCUGCCCGAUGGUACCAUCGUCUCGGGUGACUCGACCGGAGAAAUCCGAUUUUGGGAUGCGAAGAACUACUCCCUCAUUCAGCGUCUACAGAACCACCAGGCGGAUGUGCUGGACGUCGCUGUCAGUGCAGAUGGUGAGACCGUCAUCAGUGGAGGUGCCGAUCAGAGAACUGUUGUUUAUAGGCUGAAGGAAGGGGAGAAGGGUGACAAACGACGGAGGUGGGCAGAGGUUAUGCAUCGGCGGUAUCAUACACAUGAUGUCAAGACAUUUGCCGUGUAUGAGACCAAGGAAAUUAGCAUUGUCGUGUCCGGAGGUCCUGACGCCUCUCCUGUUGUUCUCCCAAUGAGAGAAUUCGGAAAGGAACACCAUAGGAAGCUCUCUGCCCUCCCACAAAUUCCGCAGAUCACAUCCGCUCCGUCCUCACGGUUGAUAAUGAGCUUCUGGGAUAGGGAGGUCAGCAUAUGGCGCAUGUCUCGUGGUCUUGAGUCGUUGGCCGAAGGUAUCGAUGCGCCGAAGCAUCGACUUGUUGCAAAGGUUCUGGUCCAGGGUGAAGAGAACAUCGCGUCGGCUAUGCUUUCGCCGGAUGGCAAGCUUCUUGCUGUCGCCACUAUCUCUAGCGUGAAGCUGUUCUCUGUCCGCAGACGGAAGGGUGAUGAGAGAGGGACUCUCCGCGUGCAGAAGCUAGAUCUUCCUUCCGACUUGGCAGACGAGGGGGCGCGACUUGUCUCCCUAUCAUCCGACAGCCGGUGGCUCUGUGUUGUCCGUCCUAAUAGCGAUAUCUACCUUGCUAGGAUCGUGCCAGCGGUAUCCCCGCAAGAAAAGCCCCAGGUGCUCCCUGAGCUCACCAAGGUUGAGAGAGCCCCGCGCCAUGCUCGACAUGAGAAAGCGGGACAUGGUACGCUCGGAAAUUUUGAGAGGACGAUACGAUCGGUUGCAUUCUCCGAUAACAGCAAAAUCCUUGCAGCGGGAGAUUUAUCUGGCUGCGUGGACACCUGGACGCUCACGGAUGCCACAGAAGAUGCAUCCAAGAAGCCACGGAGAGCAGAGGAAGACUCUGAUGAGGAGUCCGACGAUGAGGAUGAGCAGCCUAUUAUUGAGGGUCAACGUUGGCAACUUGCAUCCCUGGAGUCGCCGAUACCUCGUCUACAAUCAGGAAUCAUCCUGCUCUCCUUCCGCCCCCAGGCUGAUGCGAAAACGAAGUUGCUUACAAACGGAUCUGACCAUCCUGCUCAUGACAAUCAGACGGCAGAGUACCGUUUGAUGGUGGUGACUAGUGAACACCAACUGGUUGAGUUCGACGCAUCGAAAGGAAAGCUAUCUGAAUGGUCAAGGCGGAACCCCAAGGCAUAUCUCCCGGCUGAAUUUACUGGUGUCAAAGACCGAGCUAUGGGAGCUGUCUGGGACGUUCAUGAUGGGCGUGAACGUCUUUGGCUCUACGGCACAUCCUGGCUGUGGAUGUUCGAUCUGACGCAGGACUUCCCCUCAGAGAAGCUCGAUGACCAUGAAGAUGGCCAGGGUAGCACGGAUCUGGUCAAAGCUGCAUCGCACAAGAGAAAACGGGAUUUGGAAGAGGACGAAGCAUUUGAAAGGAAAAAGCAAAACAGUGGUGCUGGAGACCGGAUUCCCCGUUCACAGGCUGACGUCUCCAUGGGCACCAAAGUACGCAAGAUUGACGGCCGUGACGAGGCCCAAGGGGAGUGGAUUUCGCUCGAGAAGAGAAAUCGACGUGGUGACGACGGAGACGACUACGAGCAUGACGAAGAGUUCAUCGCCGAGAGUGAAGCAAAUCUAGCUCGCCUGCGCCGCGGUUCUCGACAGGAAGAGAACGGUGCUGAUCUCUCGAAGCGCCUUCUGAAUGGUACAGCAAACGGUGAUACUCCUACGCCGAAGAAAAAGGCCCAAGCCCGUUUUGAUUCCCCCUCGCAGCAACAGCUCGUGCAGGUUGAUAAUGAUGGACAUCCGCAGCCACCACGCCGAUGGUGGCAUACAUACAAGUACCGAGAUCUGCUUGGUGUUGUCCCACUUCAAAGAUCCGGGGGAGAUGAAGAUGAAGAUGAGGACGCAGAAGAUGAUCAAGGUCUUCUCGAGGUUGCAGUUGUGGAGCGACCGAUGUGGGAUGUGGAUUUGCCCGGUCGUUUCAAGGACUGGUUUUUCAUGCAUUCUCUUUGUGAUCCAAAACCAGCUCGUCUCUUCCAACACACCCCCAGGGCUGCAUUGAUAUCUUCCAUCAUCUUCCCGGACAUAGUCUCCGCCACUUUUCGCUGUAAAACGGAUCCAGAUCUUCUUGAUGGAGAGCCAUUCUUAACCGGAGUCGGUGGCUACAUCGCUCGUCAUAGUCCAGUAUCUGCUCCGUCAGAUCCCAACAGGCGCUGGGAUGAUACUACUUAUGAAUACACGCAGGAAGAUGUCUUCCCACCGUUGAUCGGGGUUCCCAGACAGCCACGUCCUGGAUUCAUUCUCCAUGAAACAUGCUGGGAAUUGCUCCAGAAGAUGCUGAGCCCAUCCCCAGUACCAGUGGAGCGGCUCUAUAGCAUAUGCCUUUCAUGUCCUGCUCAUAAGAAGGGUUGGUUGGACUGGGGUCACGACUAUGGACGACUAAUGGAUCGCCUUCCCUUGGAUCGCUAUCCUUGGGAAGAUGUCUAUGUUGUCGGAUACGUGAAGCGGUAUCUGGGCGACGAGGACUCACCACUGACGUAUUUCAAAUCUGAACCUCUACACGUCCCUGAACUCCAACAAGCCCUUGUGGACUCCCGUGAGCGACAAGAGAAAUCUAGCCCCAACCCAAUUUCUCCUGUCUUCCAGGGAGAGCCUGAUUGCUUUCAACAGCUACCACAGGAACUACUUGAACAUAUCCAGAUGCUCCUACCGUCGUGCAGCGUGUCCAGUCUGAGAACAGUCUCCAGGUCUUUCGCCAGUCUUCCCCUGAGUCAAGCGUUCUGGGCCUCUAGGUUUGAACGAUCUCAAGAACGCGGAUUCGUAUACGAAGCGACAGAUCCGGUAUGCAGUGAUAUUUUGGAGCAGAGAGCUCGUGACUGGAAGAUCCUCUACCAAAAGACUGCAUUGAACGCCGCAUCCUCGCGAGAAAUGAUGAACAGGAAGAGAAUCUGGGAAUCUACUAGAGACUUGGUGGACCUCCUUCUUCAGAGGCCUCUUACAGGCCCAGGUCUAGAAAGAAGCAAACACGGAAUUCGGGGAGAAAUGCCCCAGGGUAAAGACGUCUGGAGGGCAGCAGGCGGUGACUUUCUUCCGCGGUCACAAGGUCAUUCUCCUUCUGGAAUGCCUUGCAGAGCCAUAUUUGAGCAGGACGUGACGAUCCCUGAGAGUUUAUACCAGAUAAAGGUCUCGAUAUGUGCCUUUAGCGGAAAGCGGUACAUUUGCGGCCUACGAUUGAUUUCAGCCGACGAAGACGACGUGCUACUGGGCUAUGUACUGCCCAACUCGGAGACACAGAUAGACAUCCGACAAUUAAACGGAAGGUUGAAUGGCUUCAUUCUCGCAAUUGGACCGAGAGGUAUCCAUGCCUUGCGAGUGGUAACUACGGCAGGAAAUAUCUCGAGUUGGGUGGGCAGUCCAGAUGGUCUACCCCAAACUACCCGACUUUGCAUGAGAAAGCCACUCAACUCCUUGAGAGCUUUCUUUGACGGCUUCAAGAUGGUCUCAUUGGCCGUCCCGACUGCGAGCGAGCCUCUUUUCGGAGACGACCCAGUGCAUGAGCAUCUCCCACUCCGAUCCACUGGCCUCUGGUACCCGAGUGUUCCAGCAGAGCAUCUCGAACUCCACGAAGCAUCCUUCGCAGGGAGAAGCGUCUCCCUUUACGAAUAUCGACCCAUUAUCCAUGUGAUGUUUGGCGGGCCUAACGGCCAAUACCUGAAAUACCUAACCAAGAUAUCGGUAACAGUAUCAAAAGCAGCCAUUGUAGGAAUCGAUUUCUACUACACAGAAGACGCUCCAUUGAGAUCUCUACGAGCCUGCCAUUCGACUGCUAGCGGCGAUGAUUCUGUCAAGACACCAUUUUCAAUCGACGGUCCAGGCGGAGAGCGCCUGACAGGAAUCCAAGUGGAUGGAGAUUUCUUUCUCAGCUCUUCUGGUUCGGGAUCGUAUAGAUAUGGCGCCAUAACCUCUCUAAAGGUCACCACAAACCGCAACCGCUCCUUUAUCUUCCAACCUAGCGCGAUCCCUCUCCUCAGACUCCCCUCCGGUCCACACGUCCGUCAAAGACCAAAAAAAAUCGAAAUAGCAAGCGGAAAAACCAUCACUGGAAUCUACUUCAUGCACUCGUUAAUAAGGGGCUUUGAUAUGCAGGAUCCCGCUUUCGGCAUGAUAAGCCUAAGUCCUAUCUCUGAGGAUCUGAACAGAGAAUCAUCAUCUUCUUCUUCUUCAGAGAAAGAUCUCGAGUCUACUCUUGCGGAGAUGAUGAAGAAAUAG